AUGUUGCUCCACAGGGCACCCGCCCAGGAUCCCGUGGUCACCGAAACUGGGUUUGUCCAGGACGGCGAUUUGGACAAUGAGAAGAGCCUUAAUUACGACCUCGAGUCUGUUGCCAUUGGAGGCAUAGACUGCACCAGCUUCGGCGUCAAGCUUUCCUGUGUCCUUUUUAUGACAUCUGGUGUCAAUCAAGCUCCAGUCAACCUCUUUAUCACCGUUGCCUACCUCUACUUCGUUGUUGCCUUUGGCCUCCAAAUGGCGGGUAAACCUCUUAGAAUGUCUGAAAUCAACGAAACUAGUACUCUCAUAAUUACUCUGAUCCUCGUUAGGCGUCAGACCGUCGCGUUCGCUAAUUGCAAGGCUAUCUCCGCUGUCUUUGUCCAGCCCAUCCUUCCUACUAUGGCUAUAUUUGUCAACAAGGGGGGAAGAGAUCAGGGGAUCGGCACACGUAUUCUCCAGUACGGUUACCGACUCCAUGUUCUGCCGGACUCUCGGGUGCCAACCAACGGAAAGAUCAUCGAUGGCGCCACCGAUAUCGACGGGUCAAUGCUGACUGGAAAAUCUAUGCCUGUGUUGAAGUACGUUGAUGAUCUAGUUGUUGCAGUAACCAUCGAUGGCUACGGCACCAAUCCGUCCUAG